AUGGCCUCAAGCAACCCCUCGUACCUCAUUAUCGGUGCUGGUGUCUUUGGUGUAUCAACUGCCUAUCAUCUCAUUCAAAAGUAUCCUAAUGCAUCUGUGACCCUAAUUGACCGUGAUGCAUACGAUGCCGAGUCUCGUGUGGCUGCUUCAUGGGAUUGGAACAAGGUUGUUCGCGCCGACUACGACGACAAGGUCUACUGCAGAUUGGCUCUUGAAGCUCAGGAUAUUUUCAAGUCAGAUCCUCUUUGGCAGCCACAUUUCCAUCAGACAGGCGUAUACUGGGCGUGUCGGAGCGACUACGCGCAGAAUGUCAUCACCCACCAUAAAGAUCUCGGCCGCAACGAGGAUAUUAUUGCCCUCCCUGUCGCCGAGGCUCGAAGACUUUACGGUGGAAUUUUUGACAAUGCUGAUUACACAGGCGUUAAGGAGGUUCUCAUUAACAGGGCUAGUGGCUGGGCGGCCGCUGGAGAUGCCCUUCGAGCAGUUACGAAAAGGUGCCUCGAAUUGGGUGUCGAAUACGUGACGGCAGAUGUCUCCACUUUGGUGUUCGAUGGUCGCGGCUCUUGCAUUGGACUCAAGACGAGAUCUGGCGAGGUCUUGUCUGCCACGCAUGUUGUUGUUGCUGCUGGCGCCUUCACUCCCACAUUGCUAGAAUGGAGCGCUGCGACGAGCGGCAACCCCGGUCUCCGAGCUGAGGAGCGAAUUUUGGCUGCCGGUAUUACUACAGGAAUGGCACAGCUCAAUGAGGAGCAGUACAAAAAGUUCAAAGAUAUGCCUGUUGGAUUCCAAGGAUACACACCCCAAGAGGGAAAGCCCUUUAUCGGUAGUCUACCCCCUACUAAGGAUGGAGAACUCAAGUGGUGGGGAUCAAAGAUUUUCACAAACACUAGAGAGGUGUUGCCUGGGCGGUCCAUAUCAUCUCCUCCACCUGCGCACGACUACAAUCAGUGGAAGGUUCCUGGGCCUCUCAAGCAGGAUAUUGUUGAGUCAAGAAACUUAUGGUAUGGACCAGAGAGUGCGGAUUGGGAAAUGACGAAACACAGGAUCUGCUGGGACGCGUUCACGACUACCUCUGACUUUAUAAUUUCCCCUCACUCUGCUUCGAAGGGGCUCUACAUUGCAACUUGCGGAUCAUUCCACGGUUACAAGUUCUUCCCCGUGCUUGGCAAGUAUAUCACACAAAUGCUGGAGGGGGAGUUGUCACCGGAAUUGGUGGAGAGAUGGGCUUGGGAUAGACAACGGUCUGAUUCUUCUCAAAAUGUGGAGUACCCGAACUCUGAGAUGAAGCAUCUCUUGGGGCCUGCAGCAAAGUUGUAG